AUGUUCAAUCGUAAAAAUUCCAAUUUAUUAUUCCUUCCCAUGCCCAAACCAAUCAAAGAUAAAACUCCUGACUUUAUGGAAAUAAGAACAGCUAGAAAUCAAUCAAUCGAAAAAUAACUUAGGCAAAUUAAACAAAAAAUACCACCUAUUUAAACAGAUCGCCAUUAUUCUAGUACUCAAGAUUUGUUAACGAAGGUUAAAGAAUAAGUCCUAUACAAAACAAGUUUAUUAAGUAGGAACUCAUCGAAUGCGACUUUAAUUUCUUAACCUAAAAUGGCAGAGCAAAAACACCAAUAAUAAUAAUAGAUGCAAGAAAGAAGAAACGAAGUUGAUUUUGUGUUAAAGAAACUUUUGAAUGCUCAAACUAUUGUAAAUGAUGAACCUUAAUAAAUGACAGAACCAAGAAUUUACAAUCCUUAUUUUCGUUCCCCAUCAGUAUUACCUUGUCAUCUAAAGGAUACAUAUUUCGAUCCCGACAAGUACCAAAAUUUUUAUGAUAAACUUAAUAAAAACAACUUAAAAGUUAAUCAUCAGGUUAGAACAGCCAUACUCAAUUAUAGAAAAUAAAUGUUAUCCAAAUAGUAAAGAAUACCUAACUUUCUUAAAUUAGUCUAAUGA